AUGGAGGGACUAUCGCGCUGGAGGCCAGAGCCGAGCUGCCGGCCGCGCAGCGAGUACAGCCUCGACGUGCCCUUCGAGCGCGAGACGCAGUACCAGAAGGACUUCCGCGCCUGGCCGCUGCCGCGCCGCGUGGACCACCCGUGGAUCCCCAAGCUGCCGAUCCCCGCGGCCUCGCAGGCGGCAGCGCCUGUCCUCGGGACGCCCAAGCGCCGGCCUCCGAGCCAGGAGCGCUGGCCGGUGCAGGUGGCCGCGGAGGCCCCUGGCGGAGCGGGUGUCCUCGGGGCGGGAGAGGCGAUGCGCUCGGACGAGCGCUACACGCGCAAGAAGGCCGGGCCGGCCUGGAUGCUGCGUCGCGCCGAGGGGCUGGGGCCGGAGCAGACGCCGCUGCCUGCCGCCCAGGCCCAGGCCCAGGUCGCGGGCCCCGAGGGUGGCAAGGGGCGUGCGGCAGCUGACGCCCUCAACAGGCAGAUCCGCGAGGAGGUGGCGAGUGCCGUGGGCAGCUCCUACAGGAAUGAAUUCCGAGCAUGGACGGACAUCAAGCCUGUGAAACCAAUAAAAGCGAAGCUCCAGUACAAGCCCCCCGAUGAUAAGAUGGCUCACGAGACCAGCUACAGUGCCCAGUUCAAAGGGGAAGCCAACAAGCCAACACCAGCUGACAAUAAGUUCAUUGAGCGCAGAAGAAUACGCAGCCUCUACAGCGAGCCUUUCAAGGAAUGCCCGAAGGUGGAAAAAACUAGUGUUCAGAGUUCCAAACCAAAAAAGACCUCAGCGAGCCACAAGGCCCCGAGGAAGGCCAAAGACAAGCAGGUGGUGUCGGGCCGGGCCUUCAAGAAAAAGAGCGCGGAGGGCCCCAGCGCCGCCCAAGCCCAACCCGACGACAAGGAGCAAAGUAAAGAGAUGAACAAUAAACUGGCUGAGGCGAAAGAGAGCCAGGUCCAUCCCACCAGUGACUCACAUAAGAAUCGAGGUCCUGUAGCCACAGAGCCAGACAAGAAACAAGGUCCGGUGGGGCCUCUGAAAGAUCAAGGCCCUGUGAUCCAAGAGCCACGGAAGGAUCAAGGCCCUGCUGUUCCAAAGUCUCUAAAGGAUCAAGCUCCUGCGGUCCCAAGGCCUCUGAAGGAUCAAACUCCUGCGGUCCCAAGGCCUCUGAAGGAUCAAGCUCCUGGGGUCCCAGGGCCUCUGAAGGAUCAAGCUCCUGGGGUCCCAGGGCCUCUGAAGGAUCAAGCUCCUGGGGUCCCAGAGCCUCUGAAGGAUCAAGCUCCUGGGGUCCCAGGGCCUCUGAAGGAUCAAGCUCCUGGGGUCCCAGGGCCUCUGAAGGAUCAAGCUCCUGGGGUCCCAGGGCCUCUGAAGGAUCAAGCUCCUGGGGUCCCAGGGCCUCUGAAGGAUCAAGCUCCUGGGGUCCCAGGGCCUCUGAAGGAUCAAGCUCCUGGGGUCCCAGGGCCUCUGAAGGAUCAAGCUCCUGGGGUCCCAGGGCCUCUGAAGGAUAAAGGUCCUGUGGCCCCAGCACCUGUCAAGGAUCAGGGUCCUAUGGUCCCAGAGCAUCUAAAGGAUCGAAGUGCCAUGCUCAUAGCACCUGUAAAGAAAGAAGGUCCUAUGCUCUCUGAGCCUGCAAAGAACCAAGGUUCAGUGGUUCCAGAGCCAGUCAAGGGUCAGGGUGGCGUGGCCCCAGAGCUUCUGAAGGGUCAUGAUUCUGUAGUUGUAAAGAAUCAAGGUUCUAUGGUCCCAGAACGAGUCAAGGAUCGGGGCACUGUGAUCCCCGAGCCCCCAAAGAACCAAGGUCCUGUGGUCCUUGAGCCUGUGAAGAAUCCAGUUCCUAUCAUCUCGGUGCCUCUGAAAGAUCAAGAUCCUCUAGUGCCACCACCAGCCAAGGACCAAGGUCCUGUGGUCCCUGGACCUCUGAAGACUCAAGGUCCAAGGGGCCCGCAGCUGUCCACUGUCUCACCUCCACCCCCAGUCACGAUCCCAACUGUCCCCCAUGCAGAAUAUAUUGAGAGCUCCCCUUGACAUUCACCCCUUGACACCAAGGAAAGAGGUGGCAGUGAAAGUGCUCCCUCCCCAGGGUAGCAAAGUCUCACAUUUAAUCUGCAUGAAACAGUAUUGUA